GUUGCGAUUGUCUGCGCGUUGGUCCCACCCUCCGCGCGUAGCGACAUAAUUCUAAUGUUUUCGCGAAAUGUUACGUAUCUAUGAGAAAUCAUAAUCACUUUAUUCACGUAAAGAAACCUUUCCCCGCACCACCUUUGGAUAUUCCGGUUACCAAACGUAAACACGACAAACAUGAAACCUGCAUCAAGCACAUGCAAUGGCGCACCAGCCGGGCGUGCGCGCGGCAACCCAGGCAGUUUUUACUCGCCAGAGGAACGUGGACUUCGAGACCGCUGCAAUAUGAGCUCUGCAACUACCACUGGCACGUCAGCCGGAACAAGCGCAGCAAAGACGGGCGCCGAGGAGCCGCUCGACUACUAUCAAAAGAUGCUGGCAGCCGAGUGCCGCGGAAAGACGCCGAGUGCGCUGGAGAUUUGCCGCCGCACCUGGGAAGUCGCGGAAAUGCGGCCCUUGCGCGCGAUGGUAGAACGGUAUGGGAGUAGUGACUGUGUGCGAGAAGAGCUGGUUCCUCAGGGUCGGUCGUCGUCCCGGUCAGAGAACAAGAGAAAAACGUUGAUUUUGGCAGGAAGAGGACCACAAGGAAGAGUUUAGGGUGUGCAAGCGCAAUAUCAAUGUGGCAGAUGCAACCAAGAUUCUUCAUUCUUUUUCUACAGUGGACGACUGCCCUGGUAUGACAAGGUACUUCAUCUUUUGCAAUGCAUACACGAAUUACUGCGAGUGUUGCUGCCGCGGCAGACCGGGGUGUCUACACGACAAAGCUACAGUGGGGGGAACUGCACGAGAACUUUUGGUACAGUAGUUCUGGUGUUUUGUUUACCCUGCCACUUGGUAGUACUUACUUGGAUCGUCGUUGCUGGUAAUUAGGAUAUACCAUGGCAAGAGCUUUCUGCUCUAGAUACCCAGAAAGCACUUCUUCGAUGCAGUUCGAAAUAAAACGCACAUCAUGAUGGCACCGUACUAAUUCGCAACUCCGCCUCAAAUUAGUAUCCCCACGACUACAGGGGCCACGAAAAAGCCGCGAAAGCUGCCCUGGUUGCGUACUUCGAGGGGCUGGGGUAUCGUGCUAGUAUAAACGAGAAAACGAAGAAUGCGCUGGUGAUUUCGUGGGAGCACUUGACGGAGGAAAUGACCUAUAGGGGUCUGGCUGCUGCUCCAGGAGCGGACGAGGAGCAAUUGCACAGCUCCAUCGAGAGCAGUCGUCGUGGUUCGGAGGAAGACAAACGCGGUCGCCCUUGCUCCAAUCCGAAGGCUGAUGUCUGCCCGAACCAAUCUGAGAAAACCACGAAGAAGUGCCGGGGGCACGAAGAUGAUAGUGCUCUGUCCAACCAGAACCGAAAAAGUAGGAAAAGCGGCCGCGUACACGGGUAUAGCACCGAUUUGUCCAUCUUAUGUACGUGGGGUUCUUCCAUGAAAAUACAGCGAAUCGUCGCGCUUGCUUCUUUUCUUUCUUGUUCGGAUAAGUAUGGAUUCAAGACGGGAAAAAUGAGUGCAACAAGAAGGGUUCCGUUCUAUGCAUCCUGCUAAGUCAGGAAUUUUUUCAACAGGAGUGUCGAAGCCGUUCCUGCGGCCAGACCGAGCGCCGGUCGAAAACCCGAGACGAGGAUGCCGACCUCAGCCCCAGGCUUGUGUGAGAAUGACAACAGCGCGCACAAACUUUUAAGCACACCCGACUCGGUUGUCGUGGGAAAGAAUCAGGAAAAAGCGGCAAAAUUUUCGCUCGACGACACACCUGUUGCCGCGGAGGGUUCAUGGGUCGCCUGGAGGGAACGGAAUGAGGACGACAGGAAGCUGCAGGGAACUGGUACCGAAAUACCGGGCCGCGAAGCGGAGCAGACCACUGUUUCACCGUAUGACAGCGCCUGGAAGGGCGCAUUUUCAGGCGCAAGCAAAUGGGACCAAGGCACGUCGUUUUGGAGCGCCGGCGGGGAUGCGUCGUUCUGCAGUUUCAAGAACGCCGGCUAUGAUAAUGCGAAUUACACAACUGGCGGUGCAACAUGUAGUUCUUGGGACAAUUGGAAUUCUUGUUCUCAACAGGGCUACGAGGACAAGAGGAAUAUCUCGCCCUCCUCUGCUCGGCAAAGCGACGCGGGCUCGGGCGACGAAGAAUACUACGAGGACUUGGUGCGAAGUUCGUACGAACCCACCCGAUAAAGGAUCUCUUGCGGAGGAAGCGGGGUAGGAAGCUGCCAACCGGCGCAUAGCAACAUGCAAUGGCAAAGUCUAAAGUGCGGAAGGAACUUUCUGUUAACGCUCCAACACAACGACAACGCAUCCUCAUCUUCCUAGUCAUCUUCAUAGAAGUGCUGAAGCAAGAGAGACCGGUCUAGGUGGUAUACUUACAUGCUUUUACAUCGCGAUCAUGAACGCGAUCCCUUCCGAUCGUCAACCCCCGAUACUAGAUGACAAAGAGAUCAACUACAUGAAGCACUGGUACAGUAACUUGUCAAGAAGGUCCUGUCCGAUUACUCAAGUACCGAAGUACGUUUCAUACGGGUGAAUAGAUCUGCAGCUGCGAAGAAGGCGUUUCUUUGAUCAAGAAGGCAUCAACACGAUAUUGCUUUAGUACUCUUCAAGGACGAGAACGAGAU